AUGCAGCAGCCAGAAACCCAGCAGACAACUCAGCAAACAACGACAGAAAUACUGGAUCCUGCAGUUCAAUACCUGCGGCGGAGGAAAACAGCUCUAUGGGUGACGGUGGCCCUGCUGGCUCUGGCUCUGGUGGUGCUGGCUGUGGGUCUGGUUUCUGCAACUCGCACUGACAACGUUCCCGUCGCUGGAUAUUACCCAGGCAUCACUCUGAGUUUUGGAGCGUUUCUGGGUAUUGUUGGCAUCCACCUGGUGGAGAACCGCAGACCCAUGCUCAUGGCGGCCAUCAUCUUUGUCAGCAUUGGAGUCAUUGCAUCUUUCUUCUGUGCCAUCGUGGAUGGGAUCAUUGCUUCAGAGUUCAUUGAUACAAGGCCCCUGCAGGAGGACAUGUGUGACUUUUAUGCCAGUGGAUCGGGCUAUGCUUAUGACAGCUACUACACUGAAGUGACGUGCCGUUCAUUUGACAAAGCUUGCAAGCUGAAACUGAGAAGUAACACCUGCUACUGCUGCUACCUUUACAACUGUGAGAGCACAGAGUACCACUCACAGUACUUUGAGUUCACUGGGGUCAGCAGCUGCUGGGAUGUGAUCCACCUGCACCGUCUGCUGUGGGCCUCAGUGGUACUCAACGUGAUUGGCCUGUUCCUGGGCAUCAUCGACGCCGCCAUCCUCGGAGCAUACAAGGACAUGCAGAAGCCGACUCCUCAGAUGGCUCCGAGCCCGGCACCGCCACCUCACAUUUUGUACAACCCGACGCAGCACAUGCUCACCUACGCUGGCUUCUGUCCUUCAGGACAAACUCUGCCCGCCUACCCCAACUACCCAAUGGCCAUGCAGCAUAACAGCAACUAUCAGGCCCCUGCUACACCUCAGAUGAUCCCUGACGGAGGCCCUGGCUCCACCUCCUGUCCCUCUGAGGAGAACCAGAACCAGCAGCCCUCUCAGACCCCCAACCAGCUGCAGCCUCAGGGAGGCACCCAGGAACCGGGAGGCUACAUGCUGACACCCAACGCUCCCGUGCUCUUUGGGUCCUCCUAUAGCCCUUUUGAGAAACCUCCACCAUAUGCCUGCUGA